AUGAAACAAAACAUAAAUGGAUUAAAAGAUUUGACAAAUGAAGUGAAGGUUGAAGUAAUUCGUCGUCGAUUUCUUCACGAGGCCGACGCUAAACCACAAUUGUUUCAUGAGAUUGAUGUGAAAAGAGUUCGCACUGAGGACUGGCAGAUAGAGAGAUACCUGACCUCAAAUGGAUCGGCCGAUGAAGCGCUCAACUCAUUAAUCACAGCAUUAGAAUGGAAAAAGUCUUUUGGAUUACAUGAAAGAAAUCAUAAAUAUUUUCCGAAAGAGAUGUUUAAGAUAUAUUCAUAUGAAAAGCCCAGUGUUGACAAAAAUGGUCGGUUAGCUCUAUGGGGACGUCAGAGAAAAUAUAAAAAUCAUCCAGAAUUUGAUCAAUUGUUUCGACAAUUUAUGGCAUAUCUUAUUGAAAGUGUGGACAGACAGGCCGGUAACAGGGGAUGGACUAUUGUUUAUAUGGCUAAAACAGGUGGCAUAACUGAAAUAUUAGGAAAUCAAUAUAUUGACUAUUAUGCCAACGGUUGUCAAUUAUUUCUUAAUGUGGACACACCUUGGAUUAUAAGACAAAACUGGAAACUCGUCAAAAAUUUUCAGUCAACUAGUUUUGUGCAUCAAAUCAAACACAUCACUAGGGAUGAGCUGAGGGAGCAAUUCAAUAUCGACUCCAUUCCCAAGUGGUUGGGCGGCACACGACAGACCAUCUAUGAAGACAUCACCGAACAAAUGCCAACUUUUCAUGAAAUAAAACAUUUGGAUUUCAAUUUAGAAUAA